UGAAGCGUCACUCGAAGAGGUUGGCUCGACCGAAUCAAACCAACCCAACAAAAAUGAAGUCAUUCUUAUAGCUUUGUCCCCACCAGAUCCGUCUUAUAGAUAACACAAACGACCUUGCCUUUUAGGGUUCUUCAUGGCGACGGCGCUUCCCCGCUUCUACUGCGACAGCCUGCCCACUUCAAAGGGCACGGCUGUGGAGAUUGAUGGGCAAGAGUUUUGGCACAUGACAAAGGCCUUGCGGCUUGGACAAGAUCAAAGGGUCGAGCUGUUUAACGGGCGGGGCGGCAUUGUCACCGCGGCUGUCUCGGCUGUUAGAAGGUCCAAUGUGGAGCUUGUGGCCGUGGAGGAUCUUUGCACGCUUCCACCACCAGUCGACAGCGAGAAUUGGCAUCUAGUGGCUGCUUUCGCCGAUUUGAAAGGUGGACGAGCCGACUGGAUGGUCGAGAAAUGCACGGAGCUAGGAGCGAGAACCUUGACUCCACUCGCAACCGAGAGGUCCACCGGAGUUUGUAGCAACAGGAGCACUAGAUGGAAACGGGUUGUCCUCGCUGCUACCAAGCAAUGUCAAAGGCUACACUCUAUGGAGCUGCGAGAGUCUCUUAACAUCAGCUCACUCAAAUCACAGGUUUCUGGAUCAUCCCACGUUUCUUUGCUAGCCACAGCAGGCGCCACGGAAAUUGUCGAAGUUUUCAACGAUUCAAGCAAAGAUAUCAGAGGAGGAACUCUCAUUGUUGGACCAGAAGGAGAUUUCACAGAAGAGGAAAAGUAUGAUCUUGUAGCAGCCGGUGCCAUGCCUGUUGGUCUGGGCCAUCGGAGGCUACGAGUCGAGACCGCGGCCAUCGCCAUGCUUGCAACAGUGAUGAUGGUGUCCGAGGCAAAAGCUACAAGAAGAAAAGCAAAAGCCCUGUGAGAAUCUAGUGCAAAGUUGCUCUCUUUUUUUGUCUAGGGCUUUGAUUGAUGCUACCAUGGCCAAGCUUGGACUUCGCUCCAUCUUCAUGCUCAUGGCGAUAAUCCUCCUGGCAGUGGGUCUGUACCAGAGGCUUUGGGUCGUGCAAAUGGACCUCAACCACGAGCGCCACAACAGACAGAUCUACCAAAAACUUUACAAUGAAGCGCUAGACGAGGUCGCCGAGUGGAGGAAGAAGCUCGACGUGGAGCUCGAGAGUAGCGAGAAACACCAACAAAGGUUGCAACAAAUGACUGACUUGAUGCGCGAGAGGGAGCGCACGAUUCAGCUGCUUCUCCAGGAAAAGCUCAAGCUCGAUCAGGAGAUCAAACGCCUAAACAAGAGCCAGGAGCUUCCAGUGAAACAAAGUCAAAUGUAGUCAACCAUUUUCAAAGAAUCGUAACUAGAGGUGGCGUUCUUCUCUUUC